UUAGCUCACUGCAUGUGAUCUCCUUGAAUUGACUGACAUUUUACAUGAGGAGGGAACCCACCUUUAUCAGGUUAUUAAAUUUGUCCAGAGGUAACGAUAAUCCAUAGGGUUAGGCCCGAGUAGCAAAAUCAAUUUCUGUGGCCAUUGUACAUAAUUCAAAUAUUUAAACUGAUUGGCUGUGUCCUUCGUAACAGGAAAAAAUUGUAGUUUUCACUUAUUUUCUCAACUUCCGCGUUCGUACGCAAACACAUUACUAUGUCGAUGAACUAUGUUCUCGGGACUAAUGGAGGGAACUGAUGAUCUGAUUUGGUGUAGGAUUACAUUUGUUUAACGUACAGGACAAUGAUUUCGGCAAGGUGUCAGUGCGGCUUGGCGGGAUGAGCAGAGUAACUGUUAUACCGAGAUCAAGCGUGUGAUUCUGAUGGAUAAUAAUGUGAUCUCUACUGCGUGUGGAAAAUACCUGUACAUCACAUGAUAAAUAUAUCCUUGAUAGUAGAUAUUACAAGUGGACCUGAUUUAUUACUGAAACACAAACUCUGUCUCAAUCUGACUAAACUGCUACAUACUAUAAUGGAUUAAAGGUGUUCGAUAUAAGCGAUAUAGGAGGGCUGGAGUAAAAUUUCACAUGGAGAAUACAUGUAUAACAUUAGUUAGGCCUGGUUAUUACACCAUUGAUGAAAUGCACUUUACGUUUAAAUGAAAAUCACCGAGGAGGUACGAUGGGGAGGUGGAUCAAGUCGGCAUUAAGAAACUCACGAAGAUAUUGGAAAUAUGGACUUCUUUUUACUAUCAUUGUCAGCGUGAUUGAGGUGAUACGGAUAUUUUUAGUGAAAAAUGUGACUUUGUGUGCAGUUCCACGUGAGGAAAUUACCACCACAACAAUGAAACCCCCGGAUAAUUUUUCCUAUCCCCAUGAAGCUGAUUUUGCAAAGUUACUAGAAGACAUCGAAGCCAAUCGUCCUGUUUAUCUGGAACCGAUUAAUAUUCAUGGAUUUAAUUAUAUUUCCAAUCCGGAUAAUAUAUGCAAUGUGAAAAUUCUACACAAGAAAAAUCCAUUCUUUCUCCUAAUUUUGAUUAAAAGUUCAAGAGAUAAUUUUCAUUUACGACAGACUAUUAGGUGGCGAACGAAGCACAAAUCAUUCAAAAAAUGGAGAAGACGCGUUCGAAUAGUAUUCUUGUUGGGAUAUUCAUUUAAUGAAACCAACGACGAAUUAUCGAAAGAAAGCGCAAUGUUUAGAGACAUAGUACAAGAAGACUUUCUAGACUCCUACAGGAACCUGACCUAUAAGACUGUUAUGGGAUAUAGGUGGGCUACUAAGUACUGCCCUAUAGCUACUCAUAUACUUUAUCAGGAUGACGAUUUUCAUUUUAAUGUCGAAAACGUAUUUAGCUACCUUGGCCAGCAGAUGGAUCCAGAUUCCGUUUAUUUAGGAUACUACAUAAACGACUCUCCUCCCGAUAGACAUAAUACAAGUAAAUAUUUCAUGUCUUAUGAGGACUAUCCUCAUCCCUAUUACCCGCCUUACUUCCCGGGAGGUGCUUAUUUUGUGAGUAUGAAGAUUGCGCAGAAGUUUGUCAAGGUGUUUCCAUACGUCAAGCAUAUGGCAAUAGAUGACGUCUUCUUAGGAAUAGUGGCAUAUAAACUAAAUGUGACGCUAUACCAUUCUGAUUUGAUCGCAUUUCAUGGCUGUGAAAAUUUUACUGAGAUUAUUUCGUGUAGAGGAUAUAACAGUAUAAGCGAAGUCUUCUACGGUUGGAAAGAAUUUAUCAAAGAUUUGGGUAUUUUUAAAAGUGCCUCUUUAAUGUUUUCUAUUGAGGAAGACACUAGGACCAAUAAUCUCUCUAAAAAUCCUUCCAAAACAAUAGGAAAGAGUUGAUAAGCAUUUAUUUAUUAUAGCUACAUGUGUAUGUAUGACUGGCGUAUGUUGGGAUUCAAUUGUUUACAUUUUUUAUGAUACGGAUGAAUGAUGCGCAAACUUAUGUGAAUGCUUUAUAUGUAUUGUUGUACGGUAUCCAUGGCGAGGUGUUCACCUAUAUUCAUGCAAUACCUAUGACCCAUGUGUACCUAAGAUACUGUGUUUUUUAAUGCUUAUUUAUUUUAUUUAUAUAGGCAGAUUAUGAAAUUACACACCUUAAAUGUCCCAUAUCCCACGAGAGUGAUGGAAUUUUUCAUAGAUUAUUUAUUGGCAAUAUCAUUUUUGAUUGUGUUAUUUUAAAAUUUAAACCUUAGGGCAGCUUUAAAGUGAUAAAUAUUAGGCUGUUAGAUCGGUGUUAAGUGGCUUGUCAAAUCUUGUAGGUGAAAUGCUUUAUUUUUUUAUGAUAUCUGCAUCUUUUGCCAUUUUUCUAAUUUUAGUUGAAAUGAAACGGUUAAGCAUAUUAUAUACGAAAGAGUACAGAGAAAAAGAACUGAGUUUUGAAAUUUAAAAAUCUUAGGUUUGAAAGAAAAAUAAAUAAAGAUGCUACAAUACAAACAAAAAGUUGAAUACAUUUUAUAAAAUUUGAUUAAAAUAACUCAAAUUAAAAAUCUAAAAAAAAGAUAGAGCAACAAUUAUUUAUCUGCAAUAAGAUAAGCCAAUAAUGACCCCACACCCCGCCCACCUCUCUUUUUUUUCUUUGGGUUGUGGUGGGGGCUUCAAAUCCUUAAAUAAACGUAGAAUCUCCAUAAUGGUUCACGCGGGAGUGAUUCAAUCCCGCAUAGAUUUUGGCGUUAACAAUUCUUACCUGAACCCCAAAAAUGCCGUCAUUUUUCGUGUAUAUCAACAUCACGACUUGAAUUUAACCGCCAUGAUUUCUAACCCUGUUCAAUUUUAUUUUGGGAUAGCCAUUAGGAAUUCAGGAUCUCGGGAGCGUAAUUUAACCGCCAUGAUUUCUAACCCUGUUCAAUUUUAUUUUGGGAUAGCCAUUAGGAAUUCAGGAUCUCGGGAGCGUAUCUAUUUAAGAAAUCCCCUGUUUUAAGCAUUAGUACAUGUAUCGCUCUCUAUGAGAAAUAUUUUCCACACAGAAUACUCUGUUUUUCGAUGUAUAGGAGAACAGAUCUUGUACUUAAAAAUAUUUUAAGUCUUUCUGAAUUUCAGUAAAACACGUGAGAACUGACGUGAUUGCUGAAAGAGGCAAUGGGCUACUUUGUUGAUAAUGAAUAAAAAAUCAAUCUUUAUUGGAAGAUAGUUCAAUGCAAAAGCAAUUUAAUUUGCUUGCAUUUGCUCGUAUCGAAAACAAGAUUUGCACCAAUACCAUUAUUGCACAUAUGCUGUGGAAUUUUAGCCUUAUCCUGAAAACAUCAGAGAAAACUAGUAGAGAGGCCAACAUUAUCAUGACUAUUGUAGCUAGUUAUGUUCAACUUUGUUCGUCAUGCUAGAAGCACAGGUUGCAUACUGAACAAAUUUUAGAAAGAAAAAAAAAACAUAUUAUGCGAAAUUGACAUGGGAAUCCAUAAGUACAAAGAUGCAACAAAUUCUAGUGCACAUACUUGAGCAAUAAACAUGAUAAGUUGACAUUUUCAUGAGGAAUGUAAGGGAUGUGGUAAAAUAUCGGAUAUAUUUCAGACAUCCGGUUUAAUCAAUAUCGUGAUAUUGACAUCUGUUACUUCCUGUCCAGUGACAGGGAAUCAAUACGAGUACAAUAAUCAUCCAAUAACAUUUCAAAAUAACAGUAAUUUGCACAUCAAUUAUACUUAUUACUCGGGGGCUUUUUGUUUAAAUAGAAAAUAAUAACAGAAUUACAAAAUCUUUUCUAUCUAUAGAUGAAAGAAUGAAAAGUAACAAAGGUAUUUUAAAAUCGAAUAAGGCCUGCUCCGAAACUAAAAUGUCAACUAGAAUAAAAAGAAAAAAAAAUAAGUUUUGAUGUCUUUUUUAAUUGAAUCCAAAAAUUCUCCCAAACAAGUGAUAAUUAUAUGAACUUAUGAUAAAUAUAUGACCGUUUUCUUGAAUAAAAAUCUAGUCCAAAAAUCUGCCAAAUCUUUCAUUUACACUUUUUCCGCACUCAGUAUGUAUAAAUCUUAUGUACUGUUUAACAAGAACCCGAAGAACUAGCUUCAAUAUUUAAGAUAAAUCAACUUCUAAUACAUGAUACUCUUGAUGCAAUUAUUGAAUCAAACUAUAUUCUCUUAAAACGUGCUACGUGGCUGAAAAGCAAUAAGUAUCUGUUAUAUCUGGCAGAAAAUGUAUAUGCAGAAAAUGGUUACAUUAAUUAUAUUUUUCCUUUUAAAAUCAAGUGAAAUUGAACUCCUUGAGGAUUAUCGUUUAAGCUAGUGCUAUUCCUAUCAACACACAUUAAUUAUAACUGACUAUUUUGUGAUAUGUACAAGGAAGCAUUCUCAGAUAGUAUAUCUUGACCCCUGAAAAUAGCUGAUUUCUGUAUUUUCUUGUACAAUGUCUUCGGGUAGGCAAUGUGACCCAUGGGCCUCUUGUUUUAGUUGAUACGGUACAUCAAAUGAUAUACUACAACUAAAACUGUCUUAGGCUUUAUUUCCUCAUUUCAUUUUAAGUAGCACCCUGUCACUGCAGUAUACUCUUAAUCGAUAUGAAUAUAUAAGGAGAAUUCUAGAGAAAAAUUUUCAACAAUAUUAAUAUGGCUGCUGGAAUUAAAACGGAAUGCUAGAAUACUUAAACUAGACAGUGGAAAAAAACGAACGUGGUUUCUUUUUUAGGUUUAAAUCAUUGAACGUGUCUCCGGAUGUAUAUAGACUAAAUGUCCCAAUUCUCAGCUUAUUGUAUUAAACUACAGUCACUACACUUAAGGACAGAUGAUACAAACAAACUUUUGUCAAAGAAUUUGAAAAUAACAACUUGGGUCAUGUUUAAAUGAAUAAAAUGAAUAACUUUCACCGCGUAGUUUUUAAUUUUUAUUCAAAUUUGGACAAAAAUGGAAUUUAAAGUGAAAAAUAUUUGCAUAGAUUAAUAAGGAUGGUUUCAAAAGGGCAUACUUUUGAACAUCACAGAAGGUUUACAAUUUCUUUAUAUUCUAUAAAUUUAUUAUUUGCAUCAUUUGCAAUGAUAUUAGGCCAAAAAAUAUACUGUAUAGAUUACCAAUCCAGGCAUCCAUUUUUUUGUUUGUAUCAUCUGUCUUUAAGUAAUUAUAUAACUAACUAGUAAAUUGUUUACGUACGGAUGUGACAAUUUUAUGAUGAGAUACUAAAUGGGGGUAUGUUAUUGAAUCAAUGUGUAAUAUUGCCCAUUCUCCCCCUUAUCUAACAGAAUGGCGAUAUAAUAAUUAUCUGAGCUUCCUUAAGCAAAGAAAGUACAUGUAUACAGUGUUCUAUAGAACACAAUGAAAUAGUAUUACUGUGAUAUUUUUGAACUGUACAUAAAUCAUAUUUAGGUUUAAAACAUUAAAAUCUUAAAUCAUUGAUUAAUAUAACUUUUGAAAUUCAUGUUACAUUGUAUAUGCGAAGAAACAUUAUUUCAAUAUACAAGUUACUCUAUUACUCUUAAUAUUAAAAGAAAUCUAGCAAUUUGAAAGAAUUGGAGAAAAUGAAAUAUAAGAAAAUUAAAUUUCAAGUAAGAUUUUUUGGGAUCCACUUUAAAUUUAAAUUUAUUUUUUCAAUCGUAAAACAGUGAUUAACUAUUAGAUAGCAACAUGUGGGGAUAACAAAAUUUUAUGUAUGUUGGGUUUUCAGGUGGUCCUAGUACAUGUAUUUGAAAUAUGAUGUCAUGACAGAUAUAUUUAAUUCAGUAAAUGUGUACAAUAUAAGUAUUCGAUGAAUUAGUCAUAAAUAUGAAUCAGAUAGACAUGAAUGAAGUGAUAUUUAAAUGACGAUUGCAGACUGUGAUUACAUAUGCUUCACAGGAAAUACACGCAUGCCUCUAAUUUCUAUGUCUGACGAUAUUUUUGUUUUUAUCAGUUACGCAAGCAAAUUAGUCCUGCAAUAUGCUCAAUUUUCUGAAUAAAUUUAUAUUUUCUUUUUUGUUA